AUGGCCACGGAGGCGACGCUAGGUCCCAACGCGACCUGGUGGGCUCCGUCCAACGCUUCAGGAUGCCCAGGCUGCGGUGCCAACGCCUCGGAUGGCCCGGGCUCCGUGCCUAGGCCCCUGGAUGCCUGGCUGGUUCCCCUGUUCUUCGCUGUGCUAAUGUUGCUCGGGCUGGUCGGGAACUCGCUAGUCAUCUACGUUAUCUGCCGCCACAAGCACAUGCGGACGGUGACCAACUUCUACAUUGCCAACCUGGCGGCCACGGAUGUCACUUUCCUGCUGUGCUGCGUGCCCUUCACCGCGCUCCUCUACCCGCUGCCCGCCUGGGUGCUGGGAGACUUCAUGUGCAAAUUCGUUAACUACAUCCAACAGGUCUCGGUGCAAGCCACCUGUGCCACGCUGACAGCUAUGAGCGUGGACCGCUGGUACGUGACUGUGUUCCCGCUGCGUGCCCUGCACCGCCGCACUCCGCGCCUGGCCCUGGCUGUCAGCCUUAGCAUCUGGGUGGGCUCCGCAGCCGUGUCCGCCCCGGUGUUAGCCCUGCACCGCCUGUCCCCUGGGCCGCGCACCUACUGCAGCGAGGCGUUUCCCAGCCGCGCCCUGGAGCGCGCCUUCGCGCUCUACAACCUGCUGGCUCUGUACCUGUUGCCGCUGCUCGCCACCUGCGCCUGCUACGGUGCCAUGCUGCGCCACCUAGGCCGCGCCUCUGUGCGCCCCGCGCCCACUGACAGCGCCCUGCAGGGGCAGCUGCUGGCACAGCGCGCCGGAGCGGUGCGCACCAAGGUCUCCCGUCUGGUGGCCGCCGUGGUCCUGCUCUUCGCCGCCUGCUGGGGCCCGAUCCAGCUGUUCCUGGUGCUUCAAGCCCUGGGGCCCUCAGGGACCUGGCACCCUCGCUCCUACGCCGCCUACGCGCUCAAAAUCUGGGCGCACUGCAUGUCCUACAGCAACUCGGCGCUCAACCCGCUGCUGUAUGCCUUCCUGGGAUCACACUUCAGACAGGCCUUCUGCCGCGUGUGCCCCUGCGGUCCGCAACGCCAGCGACGGCUCAACGUGUCUGCACAUUCGGACCGAGCCGCAAGCCACACCGCACCACACAGCCUGGCUGCGCAGGCCCAUGCCGCCGCCCGGGGCCGGACCCUGGAGCCAGGGAACCCCGCCGCGGCGCGCUCACUGUGCAUGCCCGGUGAACCCGCUGACCAACUCUGA